GGGGCGAGGCGAGGAAGGAAAGGAGGCGAGGCAGACAGACGGGACGGGACGCGACGGGCGGACAGCGACGCGGCACAGCAGGGAGCAGCCAUAACAGUGUCUGGAUUCUGGAGCCCUCAGAAUCAAUAACAUCUGUGUGUUUGGCUAUUCCUCAUGUUUGUGUGCCAGGAAGGUUACAUGUAAACGCCCGCUCAUCUGCUGGGCUUUCAAAAUUACACUAUUUAUAGAAACUUAACUGAAAAUGAUAAAUCAAGAUUAUGAACGUCGGCUGCUGCAGCAAGCAGAGAAAGCCUGCUGGAACCCUUCCAUGUCUCCAGUCAAAACACCAACCAAAGAUAACAGCUACAUGGACAGAUUGGGAUCACCACCACCAUUUUCUCCACCACCAUAUUCAUCACCUCAAUUUGGAUCCCCAUCACGAGGCCCAACUAUUGGUGACAGAUUUAUUCCAGCUCGUGCUGGCAACAAUUGGCAGACACAGUUCGCAAUGAUAGCAGACAACUCUCCAGGCAAGAAACUACGCGAAAACAGUGAAGCCACGAGAGAAAAUCGGGAGUGCCGAGACAGUGCUGCCUAUGUGUGCUUACUUAAAAAUGAACUGUUGCAAGCUGGAAUUGAAGACUUAAAAGGACAAGCAGAAGAUCGCCGUGCUCUUGCUCCACUGCACAGUGGGAACCUGUUUCAAUAUACCACUCCAACCAAGCGCCAUAAUUUUACUUCACCAUAUUCUGUGUCUCCAGUUAGUGCUCGUAGUCAGAAAUUACUGCGCUCUCCUAGGAAGGCUACUCGUAAAAUCUCCCGCAUACCAUUUAAGGUUCUUGAUGCACCAGAGUUGGGUGAUGAUUUCUACUUAAAUCUUGUUGACUGGUCAGGUCUCAAUAUCUUAAGUGUGGGUUUAGGGACCUGUGUUUAUUUGUGGAGUGCCUGCACCAGUCAAGUUACUCGUCUGUGUGAUCUUUCUGGAGAUUCAAAUUCUGUGACGUCAGUAGCCUGGAAUGAACGUGGAAAUCUUGUUGCCGUUGGAACACACUUGGGCUAUGUCCAAAUCUGGGAUACUGCUGUCAGCAAGAUGGUCAACAAACUUCAAGGCCAUUCAUCUCGAGUCGGAUCAUUAGCAUGGAAUGGGGACACUCUUGUGUCUGGCAGCAGAGAUCGCCUUAUAAUGCAGAAAGAUGUCCGAACUCCCUCCAUUUUGCCGGAGCGACGGCUCGUGGGACACCGCCAAGAAGUAUGUGGCCUUAAAUGGUCUCCGGACAAUCAAUAUUUGGCGUCUGGUGGGAACGAUAAUCGCCUCUAUGUAUGGAACCUUCAUUCCUUGUCACCAGUUCAAACCUACACUGAACAUGUAGCUGCUGUGAAGGCAAUAGCAUGGUCUCCACAUCACCAUGGUCUCCUAGCAAGUGGAGGUGGUACUGCUGACAGGUGUAUUCGUUUCUGGAACACCUUAACUGGGCAACCCAUGCAAAGUGUGGACACCAACAGUCAAGUUUGCAAUCUAGCGUGGAGUAAACAUUCAUCAGAACUUGUGAGCACCCAUGGCUAUUCUCAAAAUCAAAUUCUUGUGUGGAAGUAUCCAAGCUUAUCUCAAGUAGCAAAACUAACUGGGCACUCCACUCGAGUUUUAUAUCUUGCCAUGUCACCAGAUGGUGAAGCUAUAGUCACUGGAGCAGGUGAUGAAACACUGAGGUUUUGGAAUGUGUUCAGCAAGACCAGAUCUCAAAAGGAAAACAAAUCAGUUCUCAACCUUUUCUCUAGUAUCCGAUAGUUGAAAAUGUUACAAGCAACUAUGAAUGCAGUGAAUCUGAGACAAGAGGACCAAAACCAAAAUCAUUCGUAGUUUGUGAAAACAGCUAAUUUAAACCUGAUUCAGGACCUUGUCCUAAAUUCUUUAACCCUCUUACGAAUUAUUGUAAAUAGUAUUUAUCAACUAUUGAGAUAUAUUUAUCUGUACAUAAAAAGUAGUGAUAAAACAUGUGCAAUCUACUAUCGAUGGAAGUGCUUUGGCAAUAGGAUGCAACUGUCUUUCUCGGUUGAGACAAACCUUCAUAUUCCACUACAACUAAAAGAAAACUGUUAAAUGCAGUUUUGUUUUAUGAAAGCUGUGGUAUUUAAUUUACCCCUUUGGUUGAAAUUCUACUUAUGAUACUCAAAUAGUUUUUUAAUUGACUCAAUAAGAGUGUCUGUUAAUGUUUUGAAAAUGUCUCUCCAUGCACUUUGUUAAAUGCCAGUGACUUGUUGACAAUUAACUCCCUAUUAUUUUUUGUAACUUUUUAUUAGGAAGUAGAAGGAACAGUAGUUCUUCUAAAAUUUAUCAUGGCAGUUAAUCUUUGACACAUUACUUACGGUCUUUGAGUAGUGGUGAUUACAAAAAAAACUCUUUUAAUGUCUGAUGUCUUAUACUGAAUCAUUUCCUUAGACAUCACCAAUUUUGCAUUGUCAUCAAAUCCAUACCAUGAUUUUGUUUAUGUAAAGAUCCGUUUGGUUCGCUUCCAAUUGCCUCGAGUAUAACCUGAAAUAGUUCUCAUAAUUUGUGAUUUUAUGUUUAAGUUUUUACAACUCGAAAUGCAUUUAUUAAUUUUAGCAUUUCACAAAUAUAUUGAAUUUUUUUUUAUUGAGCUGAUGAUGUGGGUUUAGUUCUUGAUAAGUUAUUCUAAAGCUUUAUGUAGUAAUCUUCAAAUUAAAUCAUAGCAAUUUGUAUUUUUUGUUUGUUCAAGGCAUUAGUUAAUGUCUUACUUGUUUUUUUUCUCUUUCAUUUCAUUAAAUCUUUAUUUAGAGUUUUAUGUUUGUGUGACAGUUAGGGUGUGACAGUAUGAUUGUUGUUCAAUGUUUUUCUUUCUAGUAUGGAUGAAUGUUUGGUUUUUUAACUGAGUGUGUCAGAAGGCACUGCUUGAUUUGAUAAGUAGGAAGGUUUUGUGAUGUUUCUCAGCCUAUGAAAGGCUUUGAUUCAAUAUCGCAUGCUAGUCAUAUCAAUAGAUUUCCCUUCUUACUUGUCAUCUGACUUGGUCUUGCCUCCUUACAGAUUUCUGUUUGAAGAUGACACUUGAAGUCGGAGUAGUUAUCUUAGAUUAAUCGGGCAGUGCCGCCCUAACUUAAAUAUAUAAAAUGAAUGUGUUUAUACUCAUUGUUAAAGAAAAUAAAUGAUUGUCUGAUUAUUUA